UCCACUGCGCCGCUCCUCGCCCCACCCGCCGGCGCCAUGGCCUCCCCGCCCCCUCCCGCCGCCCGCCGCCGCAAAAACACCAUCUACCACGGCCACCGUCGCGCCUCGCCGCACCGUCCCACCGUCCGCGGCGGCCUCUUCACCGACCUCCGCUCCCCGCCCCCGAGGCCCCGCGCCCCCGACUCCCCCUCCACCACCGCCACUCCCUUCCGCCUCGCCGACUGGGAUCCGCACUCCUCCCCGUCGUCGUCAUCCGUUCCCUCCCCGUCAUCGCCUUCCGCCUCCGCCUCCGCCUCCGCGCGCCGCCUCUCCCCGCUCGCGCGCUUCCUCCUCGACGCGCUCCGGCGCCACCAGCGCUGGGGCCCGCCCGUCGUCGCCGACCUCACCAAGCUCCGCCGCGUGCCGCCCUCGCUCGUCGCCGAGGUCCUCACCGCGCGCCCGCCGCCGCCGCCGCCGCUCGCGCUCCCGUUCUUCCUCUGGGCCGGCCGCCAGAAGGGCUUCCGCCACUGCUUCCCGGCAUUCCACGCCCUCGCCUCGCUGCUCUCCGCGGCGGGCCUCCCGGGCGCAGCCGACCAGCUCCCGGACCUCAUGCGCGCCCACGGCAGACCCGUCUCCCACCCGCAGCUCACGCUCCUCGUCCGGCUCCACACCGCCGCGCGCCGCCCGCUCCGCGCUCUCCACGCCCUCCGCCGCUUCCGCCACGAGUUCGACGUCAAGCCCGAGGUCCACGCGUGCAAUCGCGUCCUUGGUGCGUUGGCUGCUGCGGGGCAUGUCGAGGACGCGCUCAAGCUGUUUGAUGAAAUGUCAGAGACAGAAACGCAGCCUAUGCCAGUGACGUUCGCGAUCAUGGUGCGCGCGCUGGCACGUGCCGGGAUGACGGAGAGGCUUCUGGAGAUGAUUGGGAGGAUGCGGAGCGAGGUGUGCCAGCCUGACGUCUUUGUGUACACCGCACUUGUGAAGACAAUGGUGCGGAGGGGGUAUAUGGAUGGUUGCAUCAGGGUGUGGAAGGAAAUGGUGAAGGAUGGGGUGGAGCCAGACGCGAUGGCAUAUGCAACGAUGGUUGGGGGGCUAUGCAAGGCUGGGAUGGUGGAGGAGGCAGCGGAAUUGUUCAAGGAGAUGAGGAGCAAGGGUUUACUGGUGGACAGGAUGGUGUACGCGUCGCUUAUUGAUGGUUAUGUUUCCAUUGGGAGGGUUGGGGAUGGGUGUAGAGUGUUGAAGGAGAUGAUUGAUGCUGGCUACCGGGCUGAUCUGGAGAUCUAUAACACACUUAUUAGUGGUCUGUGUGGCAUAGGUAGGGAGGAUAAGGCUCAUAAGAUAUUUCAGAUUGUUCUUCAGGAGGAGCUCACGCCAAGUUCUGAUACUGUUUCGCCAUUGCUAGCUUGUUAUGCUGAAAAGGGUGAACUGGUUAUGUUUUUUGGAUUGGUCGACAAACUGGCCGAGCUGGACUUGCCUGUUGUUGAAUUCUUAGUGGACUUUAUGGAGCUCUUUGCAGGCAAGGAUGGUAGGGAAUUAAAGGCUGUGGAAGUGUUUGAUGCCUUGAGAGGAAAACACUACUGUAGUGUGGGCAUCUAUAACGUUGUUAUUAAAAAUCUGCUGAAGAUCCAGGACAGGAAGAAAGCACUUUUGUUGUUUGAAGAAAUGCAAAGUUCAGUUCACUUCAAGCCAGAUUCAUGCACAUAUAGUCAUAUGAUCCCAUGUUUUGUGGAUGUAGGAAAUGUCGAAGAGGCCUGCUCGUGCUACAACUCCAUGAUGAAGGAAAAUUGGAUACCAAGUAUGCCAGCCUAUUGUGCUCUUGUGAAAGGGCUUUGCAAGAUUGGGGAAAUCAAUGCAGCUAUUUCACUUGUUAAAGAUUGUCUUGGAAAUGUAGAAAACGGGCCAACUGAAUUCAAAUAUGCCUUGACUAUUCUGGAAGCUUGCAGGUCAAAAAGCCCAGAGAAAGUCAUCAAUGUGGUGGAAGAGAUUAUUGAAGUAGGCUGUUCAAUGGAAGAAAUUAUAUAUUCUUCUAUUAUAUAUGGUUUCUGCAAGUAUGCAAGUUCAACUGAGGCAAGGCAGAUAUUCACUAUUAUGAGAGAUAGAAAUAUCCUGUCAGAAGCCAAUUUUAUUGUCUAUGAGGAUAUGCUGAACGAGCACUUGAAGAAGGUCACUGCAGACUUGGUGAUAUCUGGAUUGAAACUUUUCAACCUUGAAUCAAAAUUGAAAUGGAGAAGCAGAAUUGAUUGAAGAAAUAUUUAUGCAGUUACUUGGUGUUUAAAUAUAGAAAAUCCAUACCUGGACAAGGUUGUGGGAUGGGCAAAGUUUCAAAUGCAGCGUGCUGUUUACUAGAUAUUGGGGUUACGGAUGGGGCUGAUCACAUCACUUCAUUAGUGCUAACCUGCAACUCCCUUUCUCAGCAUGUGUGGCAUCGCACCAAAGAAACCAAUUUUAUAUGUGUUUGUAGCCUCUUCAGACAAAUCGGAUUUGGUUGGAUCAAGAUGCUGGUGGUAGUGUUCUUAUUACACUGGACAACAUCAGGACUACGUCCUUUGAUUUUUGGUGAGACUAACAUUGCAAAGGAGGGACAUGGAAAUUAAAUAUUUUUGGCAACAUUCGUGCAAAGGAUGCUUCACAACAAUAUCUGGAGUUUGCGCAUCACCUGGGUGAUCUGGAAAAUCAAUUCUGGCUGGUGGACACUCGAUAGCGAAGUGAGAUCCAUGUUGUGCAACUUACAAGGUCGAUGCAGAGAAGUGUGAUUUCUCUGCCUAUUUCGAAGUGGAAGUCGGGGCCAAUCUGCUGCAUUGUAGACAUGGGCAUAACAGUUGGCACAUAGCGUUAGGUAUAACUGUUAAUCCAUCCUGAUGUUGAUGGGCUGCUGUGGACGUUUGGGUACAUUCGUCUUGAUUGUUUGCCAAUAAUUUGCAAGCAUGGGCGUUGUGAUGUGACUCGUUGAUCAUUAGCAGGACCGGCUUCUAGCCUGCGACAAAUGUGCCCUGUAUGGAUUUGUUUGCUGUUUUUUUUUAUUAUUUCUGAACUUGAGUCUAUCAUUCUAUCAAGAAUUGAAGAGAAUCUUUGGAUGGCAUCUGGUGAUAGGAUGAUGCUACUUGUAUAGACUUUGAAAACAAAUGCAGACAGUGUGGGCAACUUUAAAGAACCCAAAUGAUCAUUUAUUUAUUUAUCAUAUUUCACUUGAAUUUUGUA